AUGGACUCGAAAGGGGGAAAUCCGUUCCUGAUGGACGACUACGGGGCCCAGCCGGACGACCGGCUUACGGGCCAAGCAACCUCGAAUCCAUUCCUUCAGGACUUCGCGCAACCGGAGACGACAGGCGCUGGCGAGAAUCCAUUCUUGAACUUCGCCGCGGACCAAUCGUACGAGCCCUCGGUUCCCGUCGACUCGACGAAUCCCUUCGCCUCGUUCGGCGUGGACACGUCCUCGCCGAGCACUGGCUUCGACACGACCACCGUCACCGAUACACCAGCGACCAAUAUAUUCACUAGCCAAGCGACGGAUAUGUUCGUGACGACCGAGGACGAAGCGAGCGCGAAUCUGUUCGCUGCUGAAGUCCCGUCGCAGACGCCCCAAGAAGUCUUCGUUCAACCUGCAGAUAUUACAACUUCGGUAACAUCACCGCCUCAACCGAAACAGGCAAAGCCAGUGCCGUCGAGGCCGCCGCCGCCGCCGCCUCCGCCGAGACCUCAACCUCCAGCACCUCCCAAGCACACAAAGGAUCUGAUCUUAUCCGUGACUGGAGCCUUGGAUGCCACUUCGAAUCAUCUCUUGGAUCGAUUGCAGGCAACCAGAACACCUAGUCCUACUCUGAUGCACUCUCCAUCCCCCACUCCGGAGCACAGUUUCGCGGACCUCCUGGACGUCGAUUCGAACGUGCCGGAUCUGUUGUCAGACGACGGUCAAAUGGGGGAACCGCCUCAGAACCAAGACAUUAUGGACCUGUUUGACGCACCGAACACGGACACCACUACCACCACUAUCUUCUCCACUUCGAUGACUACCGGAGGCACUACCAGCUUGGUCACCGGAGUAGCUCUAACCACUACCGCCACAACUCAGGACAAUCCGUUCGCGAGUAUGACCGAGCAAGAGAUAUCCACUGCUCAGGGUGAAGAUGGUUUCCAGUCAGAUUACCCCGAGACCGCGUCCAUCACCAGCGAGAAGAGACCGUCCGUUGUUUCGACGACAGGCGAACUGGGAAGCGAGGUUGUCGACAACAUCGGAUUGGACUUCUCCGCGGAGGCUCCGGUCGUCCAGGAAUCGAGACUUUCGAUCACCGCCGCUGAAUUGUUCUCCGCGGCUACCGCGGAGCAGUUUACGACCGCCACCACUGAGUCCACGUUCUUCUCCGUCACGGAGACGACCGCCUCGGCGACGUUUGGUGGAACCGAGAUCACGCCCACACCGUUUUCGACGAGCUCCGCGCAACCACCUGCCGUGGAGCCUCUAUUCUCUUCCACGGACAUUAGCGCAACCUCUCAACCUGGCGGACCGUUCGCCUCGGAUUUGCUAGGCGAUUUCGGAGCGCCCACCGCGGACAUGGGCAUCUCGGCAGCCACCAGCCCGAUGCCCGCCUCCGAAUUUCCUAUGAGCGAAGCAUAUAGACCCGAGGAGCAGCUGGACAACUUCGCUGUCACCACCAAAGCCAUCGAGAGCACUGGCGACGCCUUCGACAUCUUCGCCUCCAAGUUCGAUAAAGCUGCCGAACCGGACGCCAACGCGGAUCCGUUCAUGGACGCCUUCGGUGGUGAGCCAACUGCCAUGGAUACAUCUAGCGACGUCUGGGGCGACUCGUCCGUGACCGUGUCGGAAACAGCGACUGGUUUCGGGGAAACUGAUGGAUUCGACUCGUUCCUGAGCAUGACCGCCCCGCCGCAGGAAGCAAAAGUGAAGAGGACUGAGUCCGCGGAUUCCGACGAUGGUCCAGACUUCAGUGUAUUCAUCAAACCAAAAGAGGGCGAUCAGAGUGGGAUGACCGAAGGUGGGCCUGUUCCCGUGUUGGCUCCUCCGCCCAAGAGCCCGCAGAACACCGCGUACGCUGACACCUCGCCAAGAUUCAACCCGUUCGACAAGUCAGGAUUCGCCCAGGAUGCCGUCGUCCCUGAAGAGGGCGUUCAGCCAGCAGAGUUGACGAGGACGGACUCUCAGGAAACACCACCCACUCCCUUGUUUGACGAGGACGUCAGCCAACCGCUAGAGGACUUUCCAAGGAUAAACUUCACGGGCGAAGGAUGGGAGAUGCAGCUGCGUCAACCGAACAAGAAGAAGAUCACGGGUCAGCGAUUCUGGAAGAAGAUCUUCGUCAGGCUUGUCUACCAAGGCGACAACCCGGUUCUGCAAUUGUUCAACAACAGUGAGGACAAGGACCCCUUCCAAGAGCUGCCUCUGCUGCCCUGUUACUCGGUCUCCGAUAUCGGCGCUCAGCAGUUCGAUCAGUACGGCAAGAUAUUCACGGUGAAGCUGCAGUACAUCUUCUACAAGCAACGGCCUGGAGUUCGACCUGGUCAGGUGACCAAGGCGGAGAGGCUGACGAACAAGCUCAGCCAAUUCGCCGCGUACGCCAUCCAGGGCGAUUACCAAGGGGUGAAGGAGUUUGGCAGCGACUUGAAGAAGCUAGGACUGCCUGUUGAACAUGCGCCACAGGUCUCCCAGCUGUUCAAGCUCGGCUCCCAAAACUACGAGGAGUUGAAGGUGUUUUCUUGCGCUAUCGAGGAAGCUCUGUUCAGGCUGUCCGCUCAUCGAGACCGCGCCCUCAAUUACAAGAUGGAGGAAGUCCAGAUCACAGUGGUGGACGAGCUUUAUGUCGAGCAGAGUGCCGACGGUCACGUGGACAAACAGAUAGCUCGCGUUCGACUCUUCUUUUUGGGUUUCCUUACGGGUAUGCCUGACGUUGAGCUGGGGAUAAACGACAUGUGGCGGCAGGGGAAGGAAGUGGUGGGCAGACACGACAUCAUACCAGUCGUAACGGAGGAAUGGAUCCGUCUAGAGAACAUCGAGUUCCACGCGUGCGUCCAGCAGGACGAGUACGAGAAGUCCAGGAUCAUAAAGUUCAAGCCACCCGAUGCAUGCUAUAUCGAACUUAUGAGAUUCCGAGUAAGGCCGCCUAAAAAUAGGGAGCUUCCCCUUCAGCUUAAAGCCGUAAUGUGCGUUACCGGUAACAAGGUAGAGCUGAGGGCAGACAUUCUCGUGCCGGGGUUCGCCUCGAGAAAGCUGGGCCAGGUGCCCUGCGAGGACGUGAUGGUUCGAUUUCCUAUCCCGGAGUGCUGGAUAUACCUGUUCCGUGUGGAGAAGCACUUCAGGUACGGGUCCGUGAAGUCUGCUCACAGAAGAACCGGGAAGAUCAAAGGUAUAGAGAGAUUCCUGGGCGCGGUCGACACGUUAGAGCCACAGCUAAUGGAAGUCACCUCGGGCCAAGCCAAAUACGAACACCAGCAUCGUGCUAUCGUUUGGAGGAUGCCUAGGCUACCGAAAGAAGGCCAAGGAGCAUACACGACGCAUCAAUUGGUCUGCCGCAUGGCUCUAACUUCUUACGAUCAGAUCCCUGAAAACCUCUCCGAGUACUGUUACGUGGAGUUCACGAUGCCAGCGACUCAAGUGUCUCAUACGACCGCGAGGAGCGUCAGUCUUCAGAACAGCGACAGCGACGCACCGCCGGAGAAAUACGUCAGGAACCUGUCGCGACACGAGUAUAGAGUUGGAAUCGAGCACACGCAGGGUGAAGGACCGGGUGCGUAUUUAUCGGCGACGAAGAAGAUCCCUGAAUCGACGCCAGAGGUCCCCGCGGAAGUCACUGAUGCACCUGCGGAGUCCGACUCGGAUUCCUCCGAGUAAUCAGCAGCCGGAGCUGCUAUGUAAGGUAAAACAGGUUCGACGCAUACAAAAUUCAAGAUGCAUUCAUUCGAGCGGUUAACAGUUACUUACUAAUAAUAGUUGUUAAAAGGAGAAACGUAAAAGCUCCUGUUCUAUCGAGGGUCUACUACAGAGGGAGAACGAUGCCUGUGACUCGACAGGGGGCGUGGCGUUUCGCGAAUCGUCGUUUGAAAAAGAAAGAAACGCAACAUAUGUACCUUGAUGUAAAAUAAUCGUGUAAUCCGCCUGUAAGCGAAGGUGAUUUCCCCGUAGCUUCGAACGCACAUCAAUAUUAACGGUUAACGAUAUCAUUCGCGUUGCUUCGUUCGUUUCAGAUCGACUCGACUCGCGAGACGCCCUUAGUAGUGUUGGGCAGAACGUGAUCCAUGAUUAUACCUACUAAUUAAUCAUGAUUAACAAACGACCGAAAAGAUUAUAAAUUGCUAAUGAUCGUAGCUUACAAAUAUAGUUUGCGAUUACCGAUUAAUCCGACAAUUUCGAUAGCUACAAAAGUGAUCGUUACAAAAAUAAUCGCAAAGGAAUCACUGUCCAGCUCUGGCCUCCACCCGCGCGUUCGCGUCAAGCCAAGCCCUUACUUUUGGAACCAGCGUUUGAGAGGAAGAUGCGCAUAGGUAGAGACAUCACGAUCGUCAUCCGGGUGUUCCAGAAGUUCCGAGCGUGGCUUAACGUAUAGGAAUUAACGAGAUAUACGUAUGAAACAAGUAAUUUGUAAGGGAGGACAAUACUGAUUUUACGUUCAGUUUAGCUUGCUAAGUAGUAAUACGCGCUCGCGACGAAAGGCUUUGCAGGCUACGCAUUUCGAAGAUGGAUAUCGACUUGGACGAAUAAUUCGUUAAAACAUCAGGUAAAUGAAAUGCUUUCUUUACACCUUUCUUGAUUUCUUUGUUAUGCUAUACUUUAAUCAGAUUUUAUCGCAAUAUUCGGUAUUUUCGAAAAUACGGUAGUGGUCGGUUAAAUGAGACACUUUCAACACGUAAAAAGAAAGUCCCAACACGACUGCAUUUAAGCUAUUUUCAAUUACACGUUCUUCGUACGAACCCUGUCCAAUUGAAAAGCACCGCUUCUGUUUUCUUUCAUCUAGUCGGCCACCAAUGUACUUCGUCUUUCAGUUUCUUUCUAAAUGGACGAACAUAUCGCAACGACACGAUAAUCAGAGGACAAUAUUUGUAGUUGAGAAACUCGUCAAUAAUCCUAAGUAUCGAUGCGCGCAUAUCUUAUUGGUUGAGCUUGCAGAUGUUCUAUAUCAAAUGUUAUCCAGUCGUUCUUAGAGGUAGUUUAUUGAGAUUAAUCGUCGGUUAUUAGGCACGUAAAAAAAAGUAAUAACAAGAAGAAAAAAAUAAUAAUAACAAUAACAAUAAUAAUAAUAGUAAUAAUAAUAAUAAUAAUAAUAAUAAUAAUAAAAGAAAGGUAUCGACAAUUGCGCGUGGGACAAAGAGUAUGUAUAUCGAUGUGUGUAUGAUAUUGGUGGAAGCGUGAGAGAUUGUCAUCUAAUCUUUAACUAUAUUUCGUGUUUCUACGCGUAUUAUUAGAUGCGAGAAGAGGUUUGACAUUAUUCAAAUCGAUGUAUCCAAGUUGUAGGCCGUAAGUUUCCGUUUCGAGUUUUCUUUGUCGAGAAUAGUCUAACGCCAAGCAUGUCCACGGACUCCUCUCAUUACCUACGGUCACAGAAAUAUCAGAGAUAGAGCAGAGGAGACAUAGGUCUAUAGUAGAAAUGUUUCACUGUUAGAAAGAGAUAAAAACCACGGCACCCUAUCCAUCUCUGUGUUUUUAUUAAUGUGAAUGUAAAAUAUCGUUUAUGUAAUUAUUAAAAGUAUAAACGAUAACUAUUUAUGAUUAACAUAUAAAUGAUAUAACAAUACGCUGGUAAACAGAGGCAGGUGAGGUACCGCGGUUUUCUUUCUCUUUUCAGCUGCGAUAGCUAUUUUAUCCAUAAUAUUUAUGUAUACGGCAAUAUGGCUACGAUACGUGGAGGGAGAAGAACCUCCCCCCGCCUGGGGGGAGGAACUCACCACGCGCCGUAGUCGAGUAGGAGGGAGACGUCAGUAUAGAGCGGACCGUUAAACAGAGUGUGUCGUCUGUCCCAUCAUGGAGCGCGCUAAGUAAAUAUCUACCGGGUGUCCCAAAAAUGUUGUAACACCUUGAAAGGGGUGGUUCGUGAGAGUCGAAAAAGGCGUCUAGUACGUAGUAGGCGAGCUGGCUCCGUGGACAUGUCUAAUUUAUGCGAAGUCAAAUCCAUCGAUUUAUCGACGCUGGUCAAUCCAACAUGACAGCGAUGCGACUAGAACUUGUAUUAAGUAAGACGCGACGCUACGUCCAGCUACGUCGUUCCAUUAGUUUCAUAAGGAGAACGAAGACCUAGACACCGUAAGUUUCCUUUGAGAUUUUUCAAUUUUUCGUUGAACGUUUCUCAUCCUGCAAUCAGCGGUAAUAAGAGUCUAUUCUAGUCCUUAGCGUGUAAGAUGAAAGUACCGAACCGUCAGGUGCCAGUUCACCGGGUCGUACGUUUCGAUAUGUUUAAGUUAGGUUAACUACUAAUAAUCGUGGUCGAGUCGCGACGUUUAGAAAUGUCGACCGGUAUGCCAAAAACUAGUAGAUAUUUAUUAGAUUGUCACUCUGAUCCGUGUCGGUGCGAAUCCUUAUGUUUCGUCGAACGAUGCAUCGAAUCGUGGACAGAUAAUACCCUUCCGUUUGUGACAAGCCAGGACCAUGUCUAGGUAGUUUAGUCCCUAAAGUGACAAUUGAAUAUAUCGUCCUACGUUUAUUAGAUUUUUAUCCCAUAUCCGGAAAUUAAGUACAUAGUUUAUGCUUUCCAUUGGAACAUAAAGAAUAAUUGAACAAAGUUUCGAUUAGAUUAGAAAAAAAAUAGCAGGAGUUAUAGGGAAAUCAUAAAUACACAUUUCGGAUUUCAUUUCAUUUCGCAUUGUUAUCGAAACAAAAUUUUAAUCGAAAUUGUUUUCGCGGUGAUAUUUGUCAUGGUGAUCGUAGUUACUCAAAAACGAAUGGGCAGAAAAGUAUAGAAAACGAAACUUAAAUCUUGAUCCGUUAAUAUAAAUUAUGAAAAUAAGAAUGUCAUAUUAAGCAGCUUCGUAUAACUAUUCAUUAUCGAGGAAUAUUAUUUAAAAGGUGAUAGGUAAACCGUUACGAUAGGUAACUUAAUUUUUGUCAACAAGAUUGCGUCUGGAGACGCGUGUCCUUACGACCUGUAGCUGUUCUUUGAAAACAACACAACGCAAAGCUUUUCGUUCGGUAGCGCGACGGUUCUGUUUACGUUCGAUACAUUAAACGGAUCUGGAGGGAAAUCUCUGGAUAAGAAAUUACCAGCUCGUGAUCUCAACUACGCGUAAUAUCGCACCGUCGUGCGAGAUAUCCCGGAACGACGUUUGUGUAUCUAAAGGGAGAGAAAUCCGAUUAAACACACACGAUGCAUAUAUAGGUAUAUCUUAGGGAUGAUAUUCGAAUUUAUAGGUUAUGUGUGAUACCGACAUGCCUAGCGAUAACAUUUCUCCAACGAGUGUGUAACUGUAAACGAACAAAUGCACCGGACAGAGGAAGAAUAGCGGGUAGUGGAAAAUAUUUCGUCUGCGCCAGGAGGUCGUAAUUCGAGUUCGAUUCAUAACUAUACAAGUCCGUUUUACCUUUUCAAAAUUAAUAAAGGCAAUUGUGAGAUAAUUUUGACAGAAAUAGGUCGUACAAUUGCAUGAGUCCCUUGAUGAUCGAGAUAUUGCUUCGCUUCAUUUCGAAACAAUAAUUGUCCAUAGCAUAAAUGUCAUGAGGUUACUCUUGUCGUUAAUGCCAAGUUAAAGAAGUCGACCUCCAACGUCUCGAGGCAUUAGAACGUUCAAGUUUAAAUCAAUCUUUCUGAAAGUUACUUCCGAAAAUAACGUUACCGAUGUUAAAUUGCGCGUCGAUAUGGUAGAUCUUGCUUUGAUCAUUACGACCUCCACUCCUAGAAAACGUCAACCUCAUUUUCCUCCGAAUUUAUUCGUUUACCUGCGUAUAGAUAUUAAACUGCGUAGAAAUAUAGAUAUAACCCUGUUGUCUCGAGCCCCUGUAACGAUUAAGUGUCAAGGAGAAAUUAGUAGUGUCGUUGUUGUUCUUACCAUUAUUGCUGAACGAGAAAAAAACGAACACGUGUUCUGUACAGGCGAUGAAAGUACGCGAAGAUACGAAUACGAGUUAAAUACGUUUACGAGUCGUGCUAAGAUCAACAAUUGUAGAGGUUAGAGAGAACGUCCGUUAUUGCACGAAUCGAGCAAUGAAGGGACGAAAACCCCUUUGAAUGUGCGUUACCGUCUUUCCUUGCGCCAUGACAGAUCGAGUGAUAUUUCGUCCGUCAAGCUUUUUAUCGAUCAAAGGUAAAUUUUGUACACAAUGCUAAGAACCCAGAUUUUUUCGUAAAGUUUCCUUUGAAAGGAAGAGUGUUCCCUAGUCAUAUGUUUAACGUUGUACUUAUAUUAUUUAUUUCGAGCGUUAGCUGGCCAAAGGGUACAGUCGAAUAAGGUAGUUGAAAGUGCUCAUAAACCAAAUUCAACCUUUAUUGGAUGAAUUUGAAUUAGGUGCACUUUGACUUCAUUCGCCAAUACUCUGUAUCGUACUGUAGUGACGUUACCACCCGCGAUAAUGACCUGUUUUAUCAACGAACAAAGUGAAGAGAGAAAUUCGACGAGACACCGUUAGGGCUUAGCUAAAACUGUAUAGGCAGGCUGAUUUAGUUUCCCCGUUGUUGUUUAGGUAUGCUAUUUAGUGAAAAAUAUUCGGUUAACGUUUAGUAGCAGACGAAUCUUGAUCUGGAGAAGUAUGUGAAUUGCUAAGAGUAGAAGCAUAUAUUUUCAUUUGAAUCGUAACGAAUUAUUUAACCCAUUUAUGAUGUCAUCGAGCCGUGAAGUACAGCGAGAAGAGGACAACCGUGGAUAUUGAGACUCGAAUAUCGAGAUAUAGGUACCUCUGAUCUUCGAUCUGUAAUUUAUAAAUAUAUAAAUAUAUACAUAUAUAAAUAUAUAAAUAUACAUAAUGACAUGUAUGUAACGUCGUAUGGUGUAAUUAUACGUGUAUGUAUGAUCCGUAAUUGUAAUCUAAUAAUAAUCGGCGAGGUGUAUACAAAGUGACAAAACGAGAGAGGAGUAACAUGAUUUUAAGGGGUAGGUGAGGCGAUUACUGAUUCCCUGAUAUAUAUGUAUAUUAUAAUUUCUCAAAAUGGAGAGAAUGGAGAAAAUGACAACAUUGGAGGAAAUUGACGGAAACAAGUGUAACACUGUUUAGCUAAUGGUAUUAUUGAUAAAUUCUAUGUAUCAAUAAAUAAUAUAAAAUUGUUUAAGGGU